GUCGGGAGGAGUUUUGUUUUGACGGUGAGUCGUGAUCGGGAUAACCAAAGAGCGAAGCUUCUAGUUCCGUGUCUCGAUUUCCGCGCAGCAUCGUGCAUCCACACCGAGGCGUGCAUGCGCUCAAGUGUGCUUCCCCUUUCUUCACAAGCAGACACCUCCGGUUUUUACGCGUCGCCCGACGCAUAGAUCGACGACGUAAAGCCGGCGGUCCCGACAUACAAAAAAAGCCCCAUGCAUACCGCAAGAUCUCCCACGAUACCAUGCUGACAGCGAGCGCCGAUGGAGCUCGCAUCCCCAGACGCUGCGCAAGCAGGCGCGGCGUCAGCUAGGGGAGAUGGGUGUACGCGAAACGGCCUUGCCAAGAUGCCGGCGAACGAACGGACGUUUCCGGUGUUUCUGAAGGAGUUCGCACCACUGACCCACCUUUUGAGCCAGAUACCUCAGCAGGCGCAGAGGGGCCUCAGCAAGAUUGACGUCAAGCUGACGUGCCUGGACGUCAUAGCCGAGUACAUCGCCAUCGGCUCCAAUGUUGGGGUCGUUUUCCUCUUCGACCGGACCAAGAACACCGUGACGAGGCUAAAAUGUGCAGAAAUGCUGGAUGCCAUCACCUCCAUAUCACUCGUAUCAUCCGUGGACUUCAUGUUGGGUGUGGGCUGCCAAAGUGGCCUCUGCGUGGCCUACCAGAUUCCCAUGACAGGGAAGCAGUCAAAGAUGGAGAAGUACAUAAUCCAAGACGUUCACCGCGCACCCGUCACGUGUGUCUGCUGGAGUCCAAACGCCAUGAAGUUUUACAGCGGCGAUGCGAGAGGAUGCGUCACAUGUACAGAAAUAGACUAUGAGCAGCAUUUGUGUAGGAGCAAAGAGGUGCACAAGGAAGAGCACCCUGUGAUCCAGCUCGACUACGUGCCUCAGAGUCUCCUAAUCUCAACAACGAAAAGAACGGUCAUCUGCCACUGCACAAAGGAGAGCACCAAAGUGGUCCAGCUCGGUAAUCACGAGAGAAAGUCCAAUAGCAACUUCGGAGCAUGCUUUGCACCCCCACAGUCAUACGGUGAACGGCAGGUGACUGUCUGGGCGUGUCGUCCUGGAAUGCGGCUAUGGAAAGGCACACCAGAUGGCGUUGUCUUAGAGACGCUGUUGCUUCGAGACUCUCUGAAGCAGGAGUACUUUCGGCCGCAGAUGCUGAGCCUACCAAAAGAGUCCUACCUGGAGAAGCUUCCCGACUCUCAAUUUGGACUGCUGAAGCCGUACCGGAAGCGACUGCUGCUGACGUGGAGCUCAGAGACAUUUUUUGUGGUGGACCCCGCUGUGAGGUCCUUCGUGGUUGUGUGCCCCGGUUUUGUAAAUAUCACCGACAUAGCGAUCUGCGAAGAAGAGAUCUUUGUUUUGCAGGCAAAGCGCCACAUUGUCAGGCUUGCUGGCCACCCGGAGGACAUAUGGGACCAUCCGGAAGACAAUGAGACGCUGCUUCCUGACAUGACGGCCAUUAAGAACACCAUCGUCACGCCGCUGGCCGAGAUCACGGCGCUCCUCCGGGAUACCAGGCUGCCCGACCCUCAGGUGCUGCAGAUCUUCAAGAACAAAAACGGAAGCGCGGUGCUGGACUGGUUCCGCCAAAAGGCACCCAGGCCGCACGGAAGCGACAGUGGUGGCAGUUCUCCCGGCGGCACGGCUCGUCGGGGGAGCACUGCCAGCGGCAACAGUCGCGUGACCGAAACGGCACUGGACAGUGAACAAGCAUCCGUCGAAACGGCAGCCACGCCACCUGGUGAAGCACUAUCGUACGCGCAUCGGUCGAGGAGCUUCGAGUCGAUGCAUUUUCCCAACGAAUCGGAGGGCGAAGAUGACAUAGUUUUUACUGCCAGGAAGCGCAAGUCGAAACCUGGUUCAUCUACGAGUGCAGCACAAAGUACGCCUACACUGGUCUUGCCGACAUCAUCAGAUGAACGUCCGUCUCCUGUCCCCACGUACGACGAGGUCUUUGCCAGCCCCAGCGGCACUUCACCCUUAGGCCAGAGCAUGUUGAACAAGGAAAACAAAAAGUCCGAGUGCCCGCCACCGUACAGCGCCUCGGAGAACGAGCUCGUCUCUCACAUUCUCAGUCGUUACGGCCAGCUGAAGCAGCGCCAGCGCCACGACGAAUCGGACGCUAGCCAGCCACUGGACAUUCCCGUAGGCAGCAGCAGUACGUUGGCGCCUAGUGACGCCCUCAAUCUGUCUCCGUCCCCAGCUUCGGUGUCGAGUGGAGCUGCAGAAACUGGUCUCGAAGCCAGCGCCGAUGUCAGUGCAGAAGACGGUGCCAACAGCAAUCCGGAUCCCGAGGACAGUCCAGAUUCAGAGCCAGAACUGUCUAUCGAGGACAUUUACAGCAAGAACAAAGAUGCGAGCGAUUCGUCUGAGUCAGUGGAGUCAUCUGUGCCCGAUGUCGUGUUUCAUGGUAUUGUGGAGCCACGCUUUCCCCGCUACGACUUUCACUGGGCCCAGGUCAAAGGCCCAGGCCCCGUGGUGUCGUUAGCUGCGUGCAACGGGUACCUUUGCUGCGUCGACAGCCGAGACAAUGUGUACUACUCUCGGCUCAUGGGACGCGAGUUCACGUGGCGAAGCGGGUCGCGCCCCAUGAACCGGGUGGCACUGUCCCCGUCGGGCGGUGUGCUGUGGGCCAUCUACAAGGAGAAGCUGUACGCAGCGCGCUCGCCCUUGAGCAACGAGCCCCUCGCCAUGGGCUGGGACGAGGUCGCCAUGAAUGUGGUCAGCGUCAGUGUCACCGAGGCGACAGCCUGGUAUGUGACCAGUUCAGGCGACGUGUUCAUGUGUCCUGAUGUGAUGAUUCAAGGGAAGCCCGUGACGUUCUACGGCGUCAGCUGCCUGUUCAAAGUGCAACAAGUCACCUGCUAUGACGACGUCGUCUGGGUGCUCACGACACAGGACACGCUCCUCGCGCGCAUCGGCAUCUCGCCGCAGGUACCCCAAGGCACAAGCUGGGUCGACAUACCCCUGCCUUCGAAGGGAAGCCCUGCCUGCAUUUCACUGGGCUACAACAGCACCGGCUGGUUGAUUGACAGCGAGGGAAGCGUGUUUUUUAAGACGAACCUCAAGAACAGCGUCCCGUGUGGCUACAACAAGGAGUGGUGGCAGGUGGACUUGAACGAGUUUGUCUACCAGGUGUCGCCACCUCUGGCCAAGAUGCAGAAGAACCUCAGUUCAAUUUCGCACAAGGUCCUCAGCAAGGGCAAGUGGCACCUGGUGGCCGGGAAGCAUGGCGUCUGGUUCUGUGAGAGCAUGUCCUCUCAUCUCAACUCUUGUCGGCGAAACAUCACAGGCUACAUUUGGGAGAAGGCACAUGUGAAUCUCUUGCACUCGGGGACCAAAUGGACGGACAUCGCUGCUGGUGGGGUCUUCAAGGAUGAGGGCGUCGUGUGGGGCCUGCAGACGGGUGGCCAGCUGGCGGCACUGUCUCCACGUCUGCGCAAGUGGUACACCGUGGGUCUGCCCCGUGGCACGUCGCUCAGCUGCAUCGCACCCUCGCCGGAGUCGCUCUGGGUGCUCACAACCAACGGCGACGUGAUGGUGCGCACCGGACAGACCCACCACCAACCAAUGGGCGACACCUGGAUCCCGCUGGACACCUCGCAGCUGGGUGAUGUCCAGCUGACGCACCUCAGCUGCAGCUAUGAGACGGUGUGGGCCUGCGACACCAAAGGUACAGUUUACAUGCGCAUUGGCUCCCUGCGGCCGCCGGCUCCCCGUACGUUGCCACCGGCCUGGGUGCCAAUCGAGUCGGGUUACCAGGAGGAGUCACCGUUCAUAUCCUCGUCUGCAUCAGAAAACCCCUUUUCGUUGCCUUUUGAGAUUUCAAGGUUUCUGAAGCCCCACCUCACCAAGGUGUACGUGGGUCCCCGAAACUACAUGGUGUGGGCGCUGGAUAACCGCAAGCACGUCUACGUCCGCGAGGGCAUCUACCCCGAGCUCCACAUUGGCACCAGCUGGGUAGAAGUUCCGGGCGUCCAGGCGCGCCAGCUCUGUGUCAGCGAGAAGGCUGUCUGGGCGCUGACACCGUCGGGUGAAAUCUUUCGGCGCUUCAACAUCUGCAACACCAACUUUGUUGGCGACUACUGGAAGAGGAUACCGGGCCAUGCUGCGUGUCUGGCUGUGUCCGUCGACGACAGGCUCUGGGCCGUUGCCGCCGAUGGCUCGGCACUGCAGCUAUCCACCUGCGAGCUGCCAUCUCGCAUCAACGAAAUGGAUACGUUAGGGCUCUCCGCUUCUGCCGAAAAGACCGACGCCGACAUGGACGGAUGGGAGCUUGUUUGACACCCUCACUAGAACAUCCCGCAAACUUCUUGGGCAUUUCUACGAGUCAUCGUUUCCCGCAGAAAUUAGCUUUAUGCUCCGUUUUUUUUUUUCCUUCCGUUUUCACCGCUGGCAUUAUUAUUAGCGGCAUUAAUGCGCAAUACUUUGAAAUGAUGCUGCUGCAAUAGCGUGCGCAAGUGGGGUGAUGUACAGUCGGCGUCAAAAGUUUGUGGGACGCAGGUCUCAAGGGAAAGCCAAAUCUAACUCCAGGUUUAUCUCGCAGCCAGUAAAACACUGGCACAGGUAGCCUUGGAAGUCCUUGCUUUGUGCCUCAGGCUGGGGAAAUUUGUUGUCGAGUUUUACUCAGGUCCUGGCGCCCCAGAAACUUCUGACACCAACUGUAGCACUUGCAUUGAAGCAUGUGAACUCUACACAUGUGUGCUGCAAGGCAAACUGCGUUUUGCAUCAAGCCUUAGUACGUGACAUCGCAGUAGGGGUCUUAAUGUGUGGGCCAUGUAUAUAUUCUGUAAGGCUCACAUUUUGAACUUUGUUAGGCCUUAUCUCCGUGUUUAGUGGCUGGAGUGUACUUCUGGCAUGGCCACUUCCUCGUUUUUCUUUAUACGGAGGAUGCGGUUAGAUGAACUACUUGUGUUUUCGGUAUAUACUAUGUAGCCUUAAAAGGUGCGUGUUUUAUAUUUUCUUGAGUAUUUUUAUGUCACAUAUUUUUGUGAAUGCUUUCCUCUGUUUUCUAGGCCCCAUGAACUUUUCUAGGUGAAGCGGGGGUGUGUUGCACAGUUAUUUAUUUUUUACGCACCGAUACAAUGAAGUAGAUGUGAUUGUGGAGUCCUAGGACUGAAAUGUGCCGUUUUGUUUUUGUUUGUUGCUCUUUCUUUGUCGUCGUCUCAUUGGAAUAUGCCUGCAUUUACACCACAUUUACGUGAGGGAGUUGAGAACAGCUAAGCUGAAUUUCGCAUGCUCAAAUGCUAAGUUAAUGUUGACUGCCUAAACAGCUUGCCGUUCACAGGAAUGUUGGUGUGAAAUGUUUCGAUGCUGAUUUGAAUUCGAUGCAGCGGCAUUCGAUGCUGACUUGAGAAAAGACAGUGAAGUAUUGCUCACCCCUUUUUUCGCUUUGUGCCUCGAAGUCCCAAAUCCUGUAGCUUAACAGUGCGCUGUACGUACGUAAGCGUAGACGGGAAAACAUAAGUAGCCUGCCUGAUAUAAUGGCUUUUGUAGAGAUCUUGAUGUAAAGUUUUUAUCAUAGAGCAAAUCGUCGAGUAAGAGAGCAAGUGCGUAUACACAUAUUGUUAAUUUAGCCCUUUACACAAAUGACAAGUGCCUACAGUUUUUAUGAGAACUUGUAAACAGUAGGUGUUCGUACUGAGAAAGCAAGAUUUUAUGGCAAAUAUUGCACUCUUGCAUUGUGUCAGCAAACCUUAUCAAGCGAAUUUCAUUGAUUGCAUGAAAAUAUACAACAUGUUCGCGAUGCAUGCUGGGGGAUGUCACAGGGAUGAAGACGUGGCGACUUCUGUGGGAUCUUAUUUCAAGCUGAAUUUAAUUUGUCAUCACAUUGUUUUAAAUUGCCAAACUUUGAAGGCAAAUUGAACAUACAGACACCUUCAGAAGUUGCGUAGCUAAGCAACAACAUUGUACUAAGAGUUACUACUGUUUGAUGGUUCCCUAUGAGUGUAGUUGGUUUCAUACUACAGGCAAACUGGAUUGACUGUUUGCACUACUUGCAUACAAUAGCAUAAAAUUAUACGUAAAAAAAUUAUAUAAACCUAUGGUUCAACAUAAUAUUACCUGUAUGCCUCGUUAUCUGAAGAAAGAUAUAAAGGAUUUAUGUCGUAGUAUGGCAUCACAGAUUUAAAAGACAGCAAAACGUGCAGCAAUACAUUUCCACAACCUGCAUUCCCACAGUUUCUACACUAAAUUGCCUGCACUCGGUCUAAAAAAUUGUGAAUCAUGUAUUGGAAACAGAACAAUGUGACAGUAUUUAUAGGGCUCCACAUAGCAAUAACUCCAUAUAGCCACAGUACUAUAUGAACAUUUAAUACAAGAAUGCAUAAAGGGUAGGGCGGUGUUGGUAGUCCAUUACUUUUAACAUGCCAACAGAUAUUGAUAAAGGCAAGACAGAAGAUAGUAUUCUGCGCUUGUUGUUUCUCCUGUCUUUGUGUUUUUUUAAUGUGCUCUGCCAAAAAUGCAGAGCAGGUGGUGUCACGGACCUGUAUCGUCUUGAAAUGUAACGCCCACUGUGAUACGUUUUUAUGCCUGCACUGCGUAGCUUCCGUAAUGCUGCCCAGCAAGUUGGACACCGAGUAGAUGUGGCAGCAAUCGCCGUAACAAUGUAGCAUAAGUACUCGGUAAUUUUUAUGGGUACUGCUCAUUUCAGGCAGUAAAUCCAUUUUUAGACAACAAAUAUGGUCCGUGUUCAUUAUAUCAACACUGGGAAAAAGUAAACUUCUGGUUACACAAUACUAGCCAUUACGCAACAGCCACAAACUUUCCAAUUCUUAAAACUUGUAGUCAGAUGCUAAGUGUACACUUCUGUUAUAUUGCUUGCUGCCUUAGGAAACACCUCAUUGUUCCCACACCUGAGUGGUAGCUCUGUUUUCGAGAACCAGUACUGUGAUAGAAUAGCGGUGCUUUUGCUUCAAAGGCUGUUUUGGUUGAACGUUAGAAAUGUUGUGAAAGUUGUGCUUUGUUACAAUCACUCACUCUGUUGUUGUUCUUAUGAUAAGACGAGCUACACUUAGGUGUGCGGAAAUUAGAAAAAUGGUUCAAGCAUGCAAGUGUAGCAUUUGGGAAAGCCUUUGUCGUAAGAUAAGGGUCUCAUUUGCCUUUAUUCUUUGUAUUUUUUUUUGAGUGUGAUAACAUAGCUGUAGAUUUCUGAACGGCUAUAGUGAUGUACAUUCUGCGAUGUUUUUUGAACGCAUGAAAUAACUUGAGUUUUUCGAAUAGCGAAGUGUUUAAAUCGAAUACAAGUAUUUAGAAAUUGUGGGCUUCAAAUAAUGAUCAAAAUUCUAAGUAUCUUUCUACUUGUAAAGGUAGAAAAAGAAACUUAAGGGAAAAAAUUUAUUUGUUACCUUCAAUCCAUGCACUGCUAUUCAGAAGUGACUUCAUCUGGGCUGUGUGAAAGUGAGCAUUAAGUGAAAAGUUCUGGCAACUCUUGGUUUGCUUCAGAUAGCUAUGCAAAGUUGUCAGUUGACCAGGUGCAGUCGGAGUUAAAUGUUUGCAAGGCAUGGGUUUCACAAAAAGACAAAAAUAUCCGCUCACUUCCUGCAUUCAGCGUUAAGUUAGUGGAACACAGCAUUAGUCAUACGGUACUGCAGCAGACACCAAUUCUGAACUGCAGGCUAUGUGUCUAAGCCAAGAGAUUGUCUUUUCAUGAAUUGCACACCCUGCAAGCUUUUGAUGGCAAGACUACAUGGGUCUUUUUUGAUUCGGAUGAUCGUAGUAACCACAUAAUAUUAAGCCGUGAUUGAAUAUUCAAAGUAAUGGAAUGUGAAGUUCCUGAAUUGAACACAUCAAUCAGAGAUAGAAUAAUUUCAUUCAUAUUCUAAACUUUGUAUGUCCAUGUACUCCUAGCAAUAACCUAGUAGUUUUGCAUUCUUGUUACUUUCUUUUUUUUUUUCAUAGCCACAAAACUGUCUUGCAGUGAAGCGAGUUUUUGCUAGGGUGAGCUUUACCAGACUAGUAGUGUACGGGUUUUAAAAUGGGCCACAUUUUUAGAUAACCCUGCCCUUCUAUUUUGGACAUCUGUAGCACUAUUUAGAAAAAUGUAAUCCAGUAAGAUGCUGUGUGCUUUGAAAAACACUUGUAACAAAGUAUGCAAUACUGUGUUCUGUAUCUAUUUGUAGUUGGACGAGUGAUGAGUGAAAGCUGUUUCUCUCCCUGGUUGACCCCCGAGUAUGUUGCCUGUGUUGGUGUCGCACGCCGCUAGUAAAACAUAAUCUAAGUUAAAUGGGCUUCAAGUAAAUGCAAUUAGCAGAACACGUUGCAGAGUUUUGGCAUAUAGGCCGUCCAGCAUUAUUAGCAUAUAGGAAAUGUCUUUCACUAUCUGCCGCUCUCGAACACAAGAUCUGUCGUUCACAUAAGUAGUUGAUUUGCACCAUUCUCAUUUUGCCAAAAUGGUAUCUAUGUGCCCACUGAUGUAUUGGGAAUAUACCACGUUUUCUCUCGCAUAACCCUCCCUGGUACAUAAUCUGUACACUAAGUGCUUGGAAAGGGGAAAAAAGGUGCUUAGCCUAUCUAUAAACAAAUUGCAGUUUAUGGAAUACCGGGACAACAGAGAGACAUGUGCUGCAGCACUGGUGGUGCCAUCUUGUGACAUCGAAGCCAACCAAAAUGCAGAGAACAUAGACUCCGAGAUCAGGCAUGUGCUAGUCGAUCUCUGAGGCAACAAUAAUUUGCUACCUAUCUGCUAGUUCAGUGGUGUCAGUAGCAACAGUCAUUAGCAUGCAGUGAAUUUAUUUAUUCCCGUGAGAACAAUGACGCAACGCUAUAACAUUCAUAGCUCGUGUUCAAAACACAGAAGGAGGUGCCACCAGCACUGUUGCUGCCUUCAAUAGAGAGUUUUAGAUUAUCCAGUACUCUGGUAAACGCAGGUGGACUGGGCGUUUUACCGGAGGGGCGGAGGCAAAAACGGUGAGCAGCCUAGCCUGCACUGGUGCAGCCACCUGGUGCGCAGAGCUCAACCAGACAAUGACAGCUAAUAUUGCAUAACCAAGUUAUUUUGCUGUGCUGCUGGUGUAAAUUUUUGGCAGCAACACCGAUUACCCCGCUACCGAAAAUUUACACCAGAAGCGAAAUAGGAUACACUUGGUUACUGCAAUAUUAGCUCUGUGUUUGUCUGAUUGAGCUCUGCACCACGAGCUGGCUGGCACCAUGCAGACCGUUCAUGUGCACCUUCACUGAACCAGUAAACAGUCACUGAACAGUCAAUUUGCGUUUACCCAAAUACCGGACGUGCUAAAAAUCUCUUAAUAUCUCCAGUGUUCUGGUAUUCUGCCAUAGGUUGACGGACUUUUUCAAGUUUCCUGCACCUCACGUACCCAAGAACCCUUGGGUUUUGCUAAAACCUAAGCGACUUGCGUGUGCAAACGCAACGCAAGCCUCUUGCGUGCAUCUUGAAUUUCUUGAAUUUUGGUGACUGCCUUAUACGCCCUGAAAAUACAGCAAAUCGGUCCACUUUGCUUAGUGGUGUUGAAUGUAUGCGAGAUAUUUCGGCUCUGCUUGCAUUUUAGGUGCGAGUGUGUGUGAAGCGUCAUAAGUGGCAUUUGUCACCGGCAUCAGUAUUUCCUGUUGAUCUGCCAGCUUCUGGUGCAAAACGGUAGACUAUUUUUGAACCCCUUUUUAUACAUCCAGCAUAUAUGCUUACUUGUAGCAGUUGGUCGCAAGAGAGGCUGCCGGCAAGCAAUAUGCAUGUAUUUCUCGCUCAUAAACUUGACAUUCCGCCCAGCUGUGUAACACGGUAAUUUUAUUUUUUCCUAUUGAGAUGUGCAUGUCUUGUACCACAAGCAUAUGAUAAGAGGGGGAAAUUUACCGCGGGGCCAACUCCAUUUCCCUAUACAAAUACAUGUCAAAUGCAGAAAUGAUAUCAAUAAAUUACCGCUAGAUUGACUUGAAUGAGAGAGCAAAACGCUUAUUAACUGUUGUACCCGGUACUCUGGUAAACCGUUCAUGUGCUACAUGAAAGUGUUUUUCCGAGCAUCAAAGAAGCCUGCGAAUACACUCAAAAUUCCCGCGCAACUGUCCGCUCGAGGCACUUAGCGUGUAUUCACAGGCUUUUUUCACACUCGGAAAAGCACGUAUUGAGCAACAGAAAGCUGUAUCGGGAGUUUUUCAUGUUGCUCUACAAUUUUCUCAUUGACACUAUAUUGAAUUAUGUAUUAUAUUCGAGAAGGUGAUUAAUUAAUUAAGACUAAUUAUGUUGUUAGGCAGAAUGCAAAAAAUAACCUGAGUAUCUCCAAGCCACGGCAAACAAAAUUGCCUUGGUUCUGUCCAGCUACGUGGCAUAUGCAUAUUUUUAAAUCUUGGUGUAUGAUAGUUGUGACACCCUGUAUAAGAAAGGUAGAGCAGCAAGCUGUCAUACAUGGCUCACCGGUGGGCAGAAGUCACUUUAAAAGGAUCCAGUUGCUUAAUGUAACGACUGAGCUCGGUAGCCCAGCAAGGCGGAUCUUUCGCUGUGACAUUUCUGUGUAACAAGGAAAUUGAGCUGCGCUGUUCAUUGACACCGAGCCAUGCGGGUGCAGGAUUGAAUGAGCAAGUGGAUGCAUUUCGAUUUGGAUGAAAUGUGCUGAGAAAAGCUGCACUCUGCCGACUGUAGGAAGCAGAAUUUUGAGUUAAGGGUUGAGUGGAGCGCCGAUUUCUCUCUCCAUAGUUACUAAAAUGCACAAAAUUGCCUCAAAUUGAUACAUGAUAAGCACAGAGGCACAAAAAUUUGCUAACCUGUAACUUUGCACCAAAAACAGAUAUCGCACUUCUGUUAACAGCAUCUAUUAGGUCAUCUGAAGCGGACAGAUUGGGUGUAUGAGGUAGCUAAUGAACAUAAUCAAAUUCAGUGCAGCGGAAGCUGAGCAAAACCAUUUCUCCAUUACCAUGUGUUUGUAUUUAGAUAGGAGCUCCUCGGGUAAAUCUUCCUCGUUCUAGUGGCUCUACACAUGCUGAGGCACGUCAUAAGUGAGGUGCACUUUUUUUUUUGCUCCUAGUUGCUCUCAGUUGUCUACAAUAAUAAAAAAAAAAACUUUCUUUUUCUCUCA